UCACCAUUCUGAUACUACUAGCCUGUCCAUCAACUGCCCGAGUCUUCCUUGAACCCCUGAUUUUCGCGCGUCACGUAAUCAGAGAAGCUGCAAUGUCGCUGAACAGGACAAUUCGGCCUGCGCUAGCCGGUCCUUCGCGGCUGAGCGCGGCAGGGCCGACUUCUUCUGUGGCUAUAUGCACUCGGUGCUUCUCAAGCUCAUCAUCCAGAUACGCCGUAGAUGGGCCUCCUCAGCGGAGAGAUCGUGGCAACGGUCGAAGAGGAGAUGAAAAUCGGGGUGAAAGCGACCAGAGACAGCGCUCAAGAACCAAUUUGCCUCCUUUCGAUGUUUGGAUCAAAUCCUCUGAUGCGGAUCGCUUCAAGAAUCCUCAGCCUGGAAAUGGUCCUAACUGGAUCGGUGAUACUCCCUUCCCGCUCAACCCUGCCUUCAAUCCACCACCGCCGAUUGCCAACCGGUUGCGAGACGAGCUAUGGAAAUUACACUCAAAAGAUCCCAAGACGAAUACUGUGCGAACCCUAUCUGCUCGCUUUAAUAUCGGUCUAGAUAGGACACUCGCAAUUUUGCGACUCAAAGCUCUGGAAAAGGAAAUGUCUGAGAGAGGACAACCUCUACAGUCGGAGUUUCAAAAGCAUAUGGAGCGCUUGUUGGGUGCGACAACGCGCAACAUCAGCGACCUGGACCCCGUCCCUCAUUCUUCGACAUCUGCCCCACGUACUGCGAUCAUUGAGGAUGUUGCAGAAUCGGAUAAAGGUGAAUCUGUCUUGAGGAAAUCGCUGGCAGCAGCCAGCAGGCAAUCCGCCAAGUUGCGUAUCGGCCUCCCCACUGGCGGUCCGGAUCCGCAGGCUCAGAAGCGAGCACCCAACCUGAAGAACUCUUCUUCACGAGCUAAUAUUUCAGUCAUCCAGGUAUCGGGUGUCAGCUAUGCUGGUUCUGGGCGUUUGGAGAGAAACCAGAGGAGGGCAGCGAAGCGAUCUUUGCUCAAGCGCAGGGCUCGAAGCGCUCUAGCGACGGCUAGACGUGCCGCAAUAGCUCUAGCUGAGGCUCAUAAGCGGGAGCAAGCUACUGUGGAGACAUCAUGAUCUAAUUGCGUCCAAGAAUGUGUAUAAUAGUCGAAGUGCCGUUCAAUGAACCGCACAGCGUCCAGCUGGACUCCACAAGACACUUUGAAU